GCAAUCACUUCGUGUCUGGGUUUUCUUUGAACAGGUCUUCCGUACCAGCCUCGGAUUGCCCUGAGGUUUGCUUGCACUGAUAUUCUUCUUCCGCUAUUUAACGAAGGAAGACGUACUGUAGUGCUUGGAUGCAGUGGAGUCGUUUCUUAGAUUGUUGGAGACCCAAACAGGUAAUUUAUUCGAGCUGUCAUAUUUUACUUUUUUCACGCCUUUGCAUGGCAACCGAACUUCUGUGUUAUGUAGGCUCACUCCAUUCAAUAGAACUGAGCGUAGCGUUAUUUGAACUAUUAUCCUUUGUCCUGGCAUUAUUCAACUGAACUGCUCUGUGCAUUUGAAAGUAGAAAAUUUGCGCCCUGGUUUGUGUUUUGUGGCAAGAUAACAGCUUGAGAUCUCACAAAAUUGAUAUUUCUGCUGUGAUCCACCCCCUUCAUAUAAUUUAAUAUUUUUUCUUCACCAACUUCAGUAACACAACUGGCACGAGGAAGUUUGAGAUCUCGAAAAUGCUUCAGUACUCGUUGUGGAUCUUAGGACUAAAAUUUACUAAACGGGUCAGAUAAAAAGAAUUGUUCUCCAAGUUUUCUUAAAAUGUUUGCUAAAUUUUGUGACCGAGGCUGUGAAUGGCAACAGAAUUUGUCACUACAUUUGGCGCCACUCGACUCCUGGUACGAUGCGACGGCAUGUGCCGUUGAGUAAACUUGCGAACUUUAUUAUUCACAGUUUUGUAAGCUUACAAGAAGUGAUAAUUUGAGUUUUGUUUCCAUGUACCGUUUUAAGAAAUUGGAUUUUUCACUCCUAAAAUACCAUGUCAUCUUCUUUGGUGUUAAAAUUGUUACUGCCAAUGCUCAGCUGCAUCGAACGUACGAAUGCCGAUUGUGUUUACUGUGGGACUAAAUCUGUUUAUAACUGUGUAAAUAAAUUGUAAAAUCUUUUUCAUCGAUAUGCGUACACUGUAGUAAGUCAUACAAUGAUUAGUGUGUGACAAUGGAAAAAGAGAAAAUGUUGAAGUGCUUUUCUACACCCUUCCUACGCCCGCUCUGUGCGUGACAAGUACGGCUUGCGGGUCAAAAAAUAUUCUUCUCUGUGUAUCUUCAUAGUCUAUUUCUGUCCGGGUAUGUUAAUAUAAAUAUUGAAGCAUGAACAGAGAAACGCUGAUAUUGUCAUAGAUUUAAAUGUUAAAGUGUAAUUUGACAUUCUUUACCCAGAGCGUGCUUCUUGUGGCUUGGAACUCUUUCUCUGGUGUUCACAGAAACGGGUUAUAAAUCACACAAAAGCCAGGAGCUUGGCUUUUUCAAACCAUAGCGCUCCUUGAAAAUGCCGCGAGGGGCAGUUUUGCUUGCUCUCUUUGGGCUUAUCAUAGGUAAGUAUAUUAUCGCUUCCCUUUAUUUAUUAUUCACCGCGCGGGUUAUUUGUGUGAUAAUUCCUUUUGUAAUGGUAUCUAAGGGUAUUAAAGUUGUCUGGAUAUAAACACAUGAAGUUUUCAUGGAAAGGAAACGAUUUUAACAUUUUGACACGUCCACCAAAUUUGAUUUUUACGGUUCUGUUUAGUGCUUGUUUGUUCGCAGCAACAGUGGUAAAUCUACGCCUUUCAUAAUCCAUAAUAUCGCAAGCAACCAAAUGAUGUCUUAUAGCUUGUUUUUUAUUUAUAGUUAAAUAAAAAAGCAGGGUCGAAAACCCGAAGUCGGUUAUGUCAUCGUUGUGAACCUGAUAGGGAAUUGAUUUCGCGCGCUUGUGUAACGAGUUUUCCCUGUUAGAGACGGAAACGCCUUUCACACGCUCCCAAAUUUCUUCACUUUUUCACUCAACGUGGGUAGAUGUAUGGCGGCGGCUGGUGUCGUAACGCCUUGCCCAAGUGGAAUUAAACGUGGUUUUUAUCCGUAGAAAAAUAAUAUUUGCAGGUUAUCAUGCAGUUAAGAGAAAAAAAAAUAUAAACAGAAUAAUAUAAUUGGGUGAGCUUUGCGUGUUAUAAAAAAGCGGUUUGCAGCUGUGAUAAAAGAGCAAGCGCUUUUCCUGGCUUUUGAUAUACUGUUCUGUUUGGAGUGCAGGGCGACAAUUUUUUGUUAAUGAACUUCUUCUUCAUAAAAACAAAAUUCUUAUACUGGCCUUUGAAGUGGUGCACUCACGUUAUGAAGUCAACGAUUUGCAUUUCAAGUGAUAUUUUUUAUCAUAAAUUUAUCGUCCAAACCUAGGAAUUUACAGGCGCGUUUGGUCAAUUGUUUGCGCUCGGAUUUGCGCGAUGUUUACUUAUAAAUAAGUCAAUGUUUUUUUUUUAGGUAAUCAUUUUUUUCUUUGACCUCUUAAGCUCCAAAAAAUGAGAGGGGAAAUUAGCAUACAUUUUUUAAAAGAAGGAAGCGCAGUUGACGAAUUUGAGCUGAGGUCGCUGAGUAGUCAGAUGGCUGCAGACAGAGGAAGUGCCGUAUUUAAAGCUCCGCAUACUUUGCAUUCCAAAUUUUCUCGGAAACUUUAGAUUACAACGGCAAAAUGUAAAUAGUUGUUUUUACUUGCUGAUACCUUUCUUCCUUGAGCAACGGUCGGGGGUAGGGCGGGGAGUCGCGAAAUCGAGGCCUCUCAGCUGAACUCUUGACACACCUGAGUGAAAGUUUGCCGCCAUUGUUUGAAACCCUUUCGUGGCCGGUAUUCGAAAGAGCUAGAAUAUCUUACGGUAAGCUUUAAUGUCUUUUAUGAACGUGAUAUUUGGUUAAGUGGUUGAUAUGGUGUUUCUUUUCUUGAUAAGCUUAAUUUCCUUUUUUUUAAUGGCGGUCUUGUAAUGUCGUUCUUGCUAUUUGAGCAAAUGAGCCUUUUAAUGUACGACGUCCGUAAUAAUCUCGCUCCUGAUAACAUUAAGAAUAUGUUCACGAAACUGUCCUCUGUCCACAGUUACCGGACUAGAUCUGUUACUAAUAAAAAUUACCAUAUGUUCAACAAGUUAGAGCUGAAAAUAUGAAGCGAGCCUUCUCUAUUUCCGGUGCUUUGAUUUGGAACAGUAUUUCACUUUCUAUCAAAACACUUAAAAAAAAAUCAAUUCAGAAGGCAACUAAAGGGAAAAUUCUUUGAAAUACUGGAAAAAGAGGACGACUAUAUUAGAGUUUCUGAUAUUACAGUAAAAUUCUAAAAUAACAUAGUGUACUUCCGUAUUAUUUUAAGUACAGUCUGCUUUCCUGUCUCACUCCGGCUAUAAACCACACGACAAACUAGAUUGCUUCUAGGAUUGUUCGUUUAAUUAUAUAAAUAUCUAUUUAUAGAAUUUUCUUAUUUCUCUUGUACCCGCCUCGAAUAGCCUUUGCUAACUGCGGGCUCAAGCUUUGUAAGCUAUACGUAAUUUGAAUAAACUUGUUGUUGUUAUGUCAAAUGAGCAGGAUCUUCGGCCUUGAAGCUUCUUGUAUCUUUACACUUAAUUUAUAACAGAUGUGAUUCAGUUCGGGGAACAGGCAAGAGUUAUUCAUUGAGAUUAAAUUUAAUCAUAUUUUUUAGGCGUUUUCUGACACAUAUUGCUGCCCUGUAACACGUGAAUGCAGAAAUAUAAGUGUAUAAGCUUAACCCUUUUCAGGGUUAUAUGCUUUUGGUGAAUGGAAUAGAUUUCUUUAAUAGCUCUUAUUUUUUGUUUUCCCAGUGCAGGUCAUGUGACAAUACUUUAGAGAAUUGUUUCUUUCAAAUUUUGUCUUAUUCUCGUGCAUAAGUACGCAUAAUUUAUGAAAUGAGUUGAAUAGACUUUAUCUUGUGUGUUUCGUUUUCCCAAUGAAUGAAUUAAUGUCCCAAGAGAGCCGAAAGAGCAACCCACAGUUCAUCAAACACUAUCCUGCUUGUUUCAUCAACCAUGCCAGACUUAAUGAGAGUACAAUGUACAUACGAUUUUAAUUAACCAUAUGUAUCAAGUUUUUUGUUAGGACCUUGAUAAUGUGGGUUCAGCUAGACUAGCCAAUGCUACUUAGGUGCGAAUUGAGUCACAGACAGACUUGUAUUCUAGUGGGUCUCUUGGGACACUUUUGUAAAUUUUUCAUGAUUUUCAGCAAGAAGUAAGUUAAAAACAAAACAGCAAUAAUUGUAAUAACAAAGUGUGAAGAUGUGCCAGAGCAGAAUUGUAGUUGAUCAUUGAAAGUUUAUUUGUAACAACUCUGACUUUGGGGAGGUCUCUUAGUAGUACCUUUAGUCAUUUUCUAUCUUAUUGUCAGUAAGGUCAAUAAGCGAACUAACAGCAUAACUUGUUCAAAUGGUUCAGUCAACAAGAAGCAGAUAGGGCAGUUAAAGAAAAUAAUGACUAAUUUUCUUCUUGCCCACUUCAGUUUUUUUAAAAGGGAGAGGAUGGUUGGCAGAGGUGGGUGCUAAUUGGGUUAUUCCAGAAAAAAUCCCGCCCCCCCCCCCAAUGGAAGGCACAUUCUUUAACCCCCCCCCCCCCACCUGGAUUUCCAAAACUGCUUGAGCCCCCCCCCCCACCCAUCUGGUUUUCCAUAAAAUUGUUAGAUACUGUAAUUUUAAUUUUCACAUAAUGCAGAAGAUUCUUGUAGGCAUUUAGUGGAUCUUUUUAUUACAGUCAAAACAGGUCAAGCGUACCCCCCAAGAUUCUAUUAAUGAAUUGAUUAUUUGAUAAAUGAAUGCAUUAUUUCCAUAAAAUUGUUAGAUACUGUAAUUUUAAUUUUCACAUAAUGCAGAAGAUUCUUGUAUGCAUUUAGUGGAUCUUUUUAUUACAGUCAAAACAGGUCAAGCGUACCCCCCAAGAUUCUAUUAAUGAAUUGAUUAUUUGAAAAAUGAAUGCGUUAGUCGUUCCUGUAACUAAUCAAAUUCAAAUCGGAAUUACUGCAUGCGUAAUGAGCAGUAAAUAAUUUACGAGAACUUGUCUGUAUUUGGUCAGAUUGAAAAUCUUUGAAUCAAUUAAAAUUCUUUGAAGACAUUUACAUCAAAUUCAGGGAAACUGAGCUGGUAGAAAUUUUGUGACUGAAUCGUGUGUGAAUUCAUGGCUCAUUACUCAUGCAAGAAUCUAGAGACGAAUCUGAAAUCUACAACUGCCUACGGACUUAACUUUCAAAUAAUAAAUUCAUUAAUGGAAUUUUGGGGGGUACGCUUGACCUGGCUUGACUGUAAAUAAGUCUCAAUUCUCCAUGAAUUCUGUGUUUGUUGUGAAAGUUAACUAUAUUUUCACAAUUAUCUUCUUAAAGAGGGGGCGUUGGGUUUUCGAGUUUUCAGUUUUGGCCAUUCUUUAGGUUGGUUUUUCAGUUUUUGCACUGAAAAACAUCGCUUUUUCGGUUUUGUUGUCUAUUGUGGUUUCCGGUAUUUUUUCAUUUUUUAGCGUCUGGUUGUCUUUUUUUUUUUAGCAAGAAUAGGGCAGGUUAGAUUCCUCUGUUUGUCUCUGUGCAGUCACACGUUAGGCUAUUUUAUAAUGUGCUUCUAUUUUACAGUCAAUAGAGGCCAAACUGUAAUGUGGGAUUCUGGAGUUUUGAUUGAGGCUUACACCUAUAGGAGAGCUUUUUGCAAAUGCAAAAUUUCCCUCAUUGGUAGUCCUUACACUAGAGCCUAAAUGAGCUAAGAAAUAUUUCAAGACAAGUAAAUUUUAAGGACUUCAAGUAAAAUAAAGCUUCACACACAAUCAAUUCUUUUAUACUUCAGGCUAACUUAAGGCUAUUUUCCCGUGCAACAUAAUUAAGAUUGAUUGACAUGUUUUGCCUUUCUCAAAGCUUAGUCGGUGACAGUCGGUGAACUGUCGGAUGACAGUCUACUAACACAUGCCUGACAGAUUUUUCGUGGAACUGUUAUUCAAUUUUACCGUUUGGUACCCAUGUUCCACAUAUCAUUAAUGUUUGAGAUCUAGACCAGGGUUUUGAAAAUUGAGCUGUAUAAAUCUUCAGUUAUGAUGGUUUUGUAUUUGGUUUUCAGUGGGGAUCAACAUCUAUCGCGGUUUUUUGGGUUUGGGUAAUUUUUAGAGCGGUUUUCCUUUUUUUUUUUUAUAGAUGUUAUGGGUUAAAAUUUUCUGUUGGUUUGACUUUUUAAAACUAGUUUGUAUUUUAAAACCAGUUUAAAUUUUUCAAACUAGGUUAAAAUUUCCAAACCAGUUUAAUUUUUUAAACUGGUCAACCUUUUGAGUGAAGGCGGGGUUAAUGCAAAUCGUAAUGUAACGUGUUCACCCAGCUUGGCNUAAUAAAUUCAUUAAUGGAAUUUUGGGGGGUACGCUUGACCUGGCUUGACUGUAAAUAAGUCUCAAUUCUCCAUGAAUUCUGUGUUUGUUGUGAAAGUUAACUAUAUUUUCACAAUUAUCUUCUUAAAGAGGGGGCGUUGGGUUUUCGAGUUUUCAGUUUUGGCCAUUCUUUAGGUUGGGUUUUCAGUUUUUGCACUGAAAAACAUCGCUUUUUCGGUUUUGUUGUCUAUUGUGGUUUCCGGUAUUUUUUCAUUUUUUAGCAUCUGGUUGUCUUUUUUUUUUUAGCAAGAAUAGGGCAGGUUAGAUUCCUCUGUUUGUCUCUGUGCAGUCACAUGUUAGGCUAUUUUAUAAUGUGCUUCUAUUUUACAGUCAAUAGAGGCCAAACUGUAAUGUGGGAUUCUGGAGUUUUGAUUGAGGCUUACACCUAUAGGAGAGCUUUUUGCAAAUGCAAAAUUUCCCUCAUUGGUAGUCCUUACACUAGAGCCUAAAUGAGCUAAGAAAUAUUUCAAGACAAGUAAAUUUUAAGGACUUCAAGUAAAAUAAAGCUUCACACACAAUCAAUUCUUUUAUACUUCAGGCUAACUUAAGGCUAUUUUCCCGUACAACAUAAUUAAGAUUGAUUGACAUGUUUUGCCUUUCUCAAAGCUUAGUCGGUGACAGUUGGUGAACUGUCGGAUGACAGUCUACUAACACAUGGCUGACAGAUUUUUCGUGGAACUGUUCUUCAAUUUUACCGUUUGGUACCCAUGUUCCACAUAUCAUUAAUGUUUGAGAUCUAGACCAGGGUUUUGAAAAUUGAGCUGUAUAAAUCUUCAGUUAUGAUGGUUUUGUAUUUGGUUUUCAGUGGGGAUCAACAUCUUUUGCGGUUUUUUGGGUUUGGGUAAUUUUUAGAGCGGUUUUCCUUUUUUUUUUUAUAGAUGUUAUGGGUUAAAAUUUUCUGUUGGUUUGACUUUUUAAAACUAGUUUGUAUUUUAAAACCAGUUUAAAUUUUUCAAACUAGGUUAAAAUUUCCAAACCAGUUUAAUUUUUUAAACUGGUCAACCUUUUGAGUGAAGGCGGGGUUAAUGCAAAUCGUAAUGUAACGUGUUCGCCCAGCUUGGCUGAGAAUGACUCUAUACUGCUCAAGAAUAGCGAAGGAAAUCACAAAUAAAAAACAGGACCUUUUGAGUAUGUGUAAGUAAACAUGUGUUUCCUAUGAAGUCCACUAAGAUGAUUGAUGGGACAGAAAAAGCCAAAAUUCCUUCGAAUUUUGCAAAAUGCACAGUGUGAUAGAACGAAUUUCGCUGUAAUUGAGGCAGGCCCCAUUUUUAGGUUGGAUGCUUGAUUAAAUAAAUACAGUAUUUCAAGUUGGCAUGCGGUUCAACAUCUAAGAUAAUUUUUAUAGCUGUCUGUAGUGGACUGCUACGUGACAGUGUUUGGACUAAAUGCCCUAAAUUUUAUUGACUACUUUGAGUAUUGUAGAAGUAAAAACUUGAGCUCAGCCAACCAUCCAUACAGUGCUUCUGAUAGGUUGCGGAAAAAAAAGCCAAAUUUUGCGGGAUUUUGAGAGAUUCUUGGAAAAAUCGACCAGUUUGGUGGGAAUUUCGUGGAAAUUUUCGGGGCUACAUUCGCCAUAAAACAAUCGGUAAAUAAUAGCCGAUUUUGUGGGAAUUUCUGGGCAAAUUUCGCUAGAAAUGGAUCGAUUUUGCACUGAUUUCACAAGCAUGUUUAAUGUUUUUGCAUUGACAAGGAGAUGUUUCCCACUUCAGUCUUUGGCUGUUUUGUGUGUUUGUGAGCAGCCUGCGCAUGUUCCGAGGCAAGAAAUCGAGAAAAUAGGUUGUCGGUGUUGUUGGUGAGUCUGUUCAAAAUCUGCGCCAUUUUGAAAUGUCACAAUAGUUUGUUUGCGUCACAAUAGUAUUGAUCAUGUCAUCUAGAUAUGUUUCGUCCAUGUUGUCAAAACAGUGGAAAACGAUGAAUAUUCAUUGGACGAAGAGAAUCAGAGUCAUUCCGAUUCCGGUUCUUUAUUUUGAUGAACACCUGGUUUUAGUUAUUUUUAAUGGGGUCAAUAAAUCUCCAGGCUUUUUUCCAAGUCUCCAGGUUUUUUGGACCUUGAUCUCCAGGUUAUUGGUCUUUUGGGCUUGAGAGGUCUGCAUGUUCUUCCCUCUCAAUGUUGGUUUUUGCGAGUUGGCUUGCCAGAAGCAACAAAAUCAACACUGGGGGUGAAGGAGUACAACUUUUUGUCAGAAUAUGGGUACAGCACGGGGUGUCCCAACUUAAGGUGACUAGGAUUGUAGGUUCUGUUUCUUUUUUCUCCUAUGAAAAUAGCUAGGGGUCAUGCUCAUACUAGCCAUGGGUGAAUCCCUAGCCCCCGGCCUGGAAAAAAAAAAAAACAACUUUAUUUGAUUGUCAAUGUAUUUAGCACGAAAGUGCUAAUUGGGGACACUAUUUUUACGUCUCCUAAUGGAGACGGGACCGCCAUUUUACAUGGUCAUCCGAGCCACGCGAAGGUCUCGCCGCUUGCAGUGCAAAGGAAUUACCUUCAUUUCUCAGUCAUUUUAAGACCCUGAGUAAUGGUCCGGCCCCGGGAAUCGAACCCGCGACCACCCGCUCUGCAGUCAAACGCUCUACCGACUGAGCUAAUCCUGCCACGGUUAAAGUGUCAGCCCUUAGAGCUUGAACUCGACAUCUAAUUGGUUUGGAACUACAAUAGUCCAUGCAUGACUCUUUAAAAAGUGUUUUAAAAAUAUCUACCUUAACAAAGUCGCCACAGGUCAGGAAAUGGUCAGAGAAAAAAAAAUUCUUCAAGGUCAGGUAGAGUGAGGGAAAUUCUCUUGGAGUCAGGGAAAAUUUAAUUCGUAAAAGUUGAACGACAAGGGGAUGUUGGGUUUUCAAGAAAAUCAAUCCUUUUUGCCAUAAUUUGUUAUGCUAAGGAACUUUCAAUUCAUGUACAUUACACUGCAUUUGACGUGCUGAAACCAUAAAUAAAUGGGUGGAGAGGAUCAUGGCUGCAUGUGAGGGGAGGUUUGAGUCCAUUAUUUCGACUAAUAUUGGUCAGGGAAAUGUCAAAGAAAAGGUAGGGAAUUUCAGAAACCUGUGGCUGUGGUAACCAAUUGCUUGAGAAGACAUAUGUACCUGUAUGUUAUUGCUAUGUUUGACCAACACAGUUAAAUGUAUGUACCGUUGUAUACUCAUUUUGCAGCUAUGCAUCAACUUGUAUGUACGUGAUUUUAUAAUUUAUCCCACAAAUUAAGUUCUGUUCUUCAUCUCAGUGAACUCCUACAUAUCUGUCUGUUUGAAACAACAUUUUGGCUGAAGUGUACUGUUGCUUUCUUUGCAUUAAUCCUGCAAGGCUGCAGCCAUGCUGCAGAAAGACUGCUGACAUGCCCAAUUGCAAUUAGCUUUCGUCUAGUAUAAACAUCAGUUUCACUCUUAACUAUGGUGAAGACUUUAAAACUUACCAGGCAGUUUUUUACUUUUAGGGGCCACUUCACAGGACUGCACUUUUGAACAGAAUGUGUGUAAUUACACGCAGGACCAGUCAGAUGAAUUUGAUUGGAGAUGGUUUAGUGGAAGAACAUCUUCCUCUGGUACUGGACCUACCUCAGAUCACACUUCAAAAACUAACACAAGUACGUAACAAUGUUUCAAAAAUAAAAACCAGCCACAGUGGAACUUCAAUUUAAUGGACCUCCAUAUAAUGAAGUCCUUAGUAUAAGGAACAAUUUUCUUCAGCCUGGCCAAAAUUGUAGUAAAAUGUAUCGAACAGAACCUUGAUUUAAUGAAAUCCUUGUUAUAUAAUACAAUCCACAAGUUGAAACAUCAAAUUUACCUCUAUACAAUGGAUAAAUGUCAGCAUGCGAUAAAAGAUGAAUGCCAAACAGACCAACAAGGAUAACAUUUAUGUGACUACAGUAGUGUUAAGUUGAGUUUGUAGUGCAGUAGCUACGUAUCCUCACUACUGAGGAACAGGGAACCCAAACGCUCUAUUUGCUAAUGAAAUAAUGAAAUAUAUUUACCCGUUCCUGUGUCUUUAUGAGUCAUUUUGGAAGGGAUUUGAAUCCGAUCAGAGACAUUUAAUAAAACACUCAAGUUUCAUCUCACAUUUCUAAUAUUGUCAUGUUAACUAUUAACUCUCGAUAUCCUUGGGAGAUGAUCUCGGGUUUCAAUUUAACGGCCACAAGAAGAGAAAAGAGACAAGGGAUGAAACUCUGUAGCAGUCUUCGUACCAUCUGUGACUCCACUUGACCUGACCAGUCUCACGCGUGGAAAUGCGCGAGGAAACUCGAUCCGAUGGCCGGCAGCCUUUGUCUGCAAUUUCUGCGACAUGCGAUGUAAAUGAAUAUCCUCUUCGUAAUAAUUUCAAUGUUGUUUUCUGGUGAGUCAAAUUAUAUUUUUUCCUCAGUUGCGUUCCAGAUACAAAACAAUUGAUAGAAUUAUUAUUAAAAUCAAAGCAACUUUUUACAAAGAGAUUGUUCAGUUUAUGAUUCUUGUUGCUAUUAUUGGAAAUAAAAGCAGUAAAUAUUUUUUCCUUAUCACCUAUAUCAAAUUGCUUUCUAACUUUAAAAAUUUAAAUUUCCACUCUAAUGGCCGCUCAAAGAUACUCCAAAACAGGUGUCGCAUAACUUUUAUCCCGCGUGAUUCAGCGUGGUAUGAUGAUCUGUUUUCCUUUUCCAACACAUCCAUGCAGCUGUCGAAUAAAACAAAAGAGACCGUUGUGAGAACAAUAGAACCAUCUUAACAAAACACACGUGUGAUCUUGCAAACUUACUUCUGGUCAAGUCGAGUAUAUAUAGUCACAGAUUGGACCAAAAGUAGCCUCUAAAAACAACGCAAAUCUAAGCAGGAGAACGGGCGUCAAAACAUAUGAAACCAACAACCCUGUAUAGUUGAACCUUUAAUUAAUUGAGGUGUGGGAUUCUAGCCGACUUUAUUCAUUACUGAACAGGGUAAUUACGCCUCAAAAUAAAAGUGCCCUCAUUUAAGUUUCAUCCCUUUGUUGUCUCUUUUCUCUUCUUGUGGCCGUUGGUGGAGAGUUAACAACAAUGUUAACCGUCUGUGAUCGGAUUCAAAUCCCUUCCAAAAUGAUUCAUAAAGGCAAAGGAACAAACGUAAAUACAUUUCAUUAUUUUAUUAGCAAAUACAGUGUUCGCGUUCCCUGUGGUACUUGUAGCCUCAGGGAUGUAGCUAAGGAAAAGCUAAGCAGGCUUUUAACCCUUGAAACCCUAAGAUCAAAAUAUGAAUCCUUAUUUGUUGCCCCUAUUCAUUUCAAGGCUGUGCUCUAGCAGAGCCUGGUGGCUCGUGGCGCCUAUAACUGUUGUUCUUGGGCGACUAGAAAAUCUUAACUUUUUCGUAGAAAUCAUAUACUGGGCACACUGGAUUUCACAAGUUCAGAGCACUGGUAGUCUGCUACACAGCUGUUUUUAGUGUUGUCGUUAGUGGGGAGGAGUGUUGUGUGACGACACUAAAAACGGCUGUGUAGCAGACUAGAGCACUGGGCUCCCUUCAAUUUUUCUCAGAGCACAGCCUUGCAUUUCCUACAGUAGUUUUGGGGAGAAGUUGAUAAAAUAUCAAGCAAAUUCAUCUUGGGUAAUCAUGUCCGUAAUUCUCAUGACAACUCUGUUUUACAAGGUAUUGAUACGACAUUACAAGGAGAAAUUUGAUGCUGAUCACUCUUAGGGGUUAAAGGGUUAACAGUACCAGUCAAGCUUGCUUUACCCCAACUGCUCCUUUACAAUUUCUCUGACUCUCUCGUGUUAAAAGGAAUUUGAGCUGGUGGUAGGCUUUUAUUCAGAUGGUUAAUUAAGCCAGCAAUCGACCAGUGACAUCCCUGUAACCUGAAACAUAGCUUGCAGUAUCAGCAGCCAAAAUUUCACAAGUCAGGACACUCUCCUUUCCAAAUGUGCACCUCUUUCUGACUUUUAGCAAUUUGCACCUUCAAUUGUUGGUCAGACUGCACCCUUGAUGAAUCAGUGAGCCCUGUAGUUACAUUGUAGGAACCUUAAACCCUUUAGGUCCUGAUAGCGACAGACAUCAAUUUUCUCCUCACAGACACAAUGUUUUUUUUAUAAUCAAGAGAAAAUGGUAUGAGAAGAAAUUAAAGUUAAAUUGCCAAAAGGAGGUUACAAAGAUCUUAACAGGUUAUCCAAACAUUUACCAUAUGAAAUGUUUGAGAAUACUUAUAAUGAAAUUAUUGUAAUUAUGUUGAGGACAGGAAUUCUUUUUCAUUUUUGUUCAGUCCAAGCCUACAUGAUUUUAUAGUCCUGUAUAAGCGGCCAAAAUUGACAUCUUGAAAAAAAAAGAAAAAAAGUAGGCGCCACCACAUGAAAGUAUACUUCUGAAUAGCUGGUUUCAUUCGAGUGGUCACACUCCAGUAUUUUGACCACUUUGUUGUCGUAGUGUCAAAAGUUACAUGUACAGUAUAUGCUUUUAUUGUGGUCUCUAUAUCUGACACUUUGAAUAAAAUGCCUUAAUAAAUAUUUUUUAUUUUCUUAUAGUUUAUACUGUUGGAGGCAAUUCCAUUGAUGGUGCAAAGUGUGUGUUUCCAUUUGUUUAUGGUGGAAGAACAUACAACAAUUGUACAGAUACUGCUCACUCCCUGCUGUGGUGUUCAACAACUAACAAUUACCCCAGAGAUAGAAAAUGGGGAAACUGUGUUCCAAACAGUAAGUUAUCAAUGCCUUCAAUAAGGGCUGGUAGCGGGCCAAAACUGCCCGCUAAUUAGCCAUCCUUAGCCGGCUACAUGUACUUUCUUCUCCUUCUACCAUACUGACAAAAAAGAAGCACAAUCAAAUAAAACUGUAAAGCAUCUGUUUCCCACUUUUGAAUGACAUUAAACGCAUAUUUAAACAGGUUUAGAUCUGUGAAACGUUCAAACCCUGCAAUGUCGUGGGACGCCUGGGACAUUUCAAUGGCAUUGUUCCCAAUCUUGUAUUUAUUCUGAAGAAACAACAUGGCAUCUGUGGUAGAAAAUGCCUCUUGAAAGCCCCUGGAAAUGAUAUUCUGCCUGAACAAAGUUGACUUAAUUGACUUGCCUUCAGUGUAAUCAGGGUAUGUGUACUGCUGUAUACGUGUCUUGUACAUGUAUAAUGUGAAAUAGAGAAGAGAGGUCGCUAUGCCAGGUUGCCAUGGCAGCAAGAUUUCUGGAUUGCAUCAAACUGAAAACGUCACUGAAAAAGUGAAUUCUCACAGCUGUUUCAAACUUCAUGAUCUUAAUCAAUUUCAUUUAAAGUGGCCAGAAUCUAUUUAUAAGGGUGUUGGUUAUGUUUUUUAAUCGCGUUUUUCAGCAGGAACGAUUAAAUCGAUUUCCAUGAUUUUUGGCAUCCAGCUAGCUUAAUCAAUAAUAGUUGAACUUUAAGAAAAUGUGCUUUAUUUUCUUUUAGGUUUAAAAACGUUUGAGAUAUCGGCAUAUGUUUAAAACCACAUUUUUACAUAAUGUGACAAUAACUUCGAAACCUAAGACAGAUUUUUCUCUAACUUCAGCAAAUAUAAGCCUCAGAGCACGCGAGUUUUAUAGCUGCAACUUUGAAGUCAGUUUUGACGUUAGAACUGCCUGACAGUGUACAAAUGCCAGAUCAAAUUUGUGUAGGUAAUAGCAUGAUUUGUAGUGACAGUAUUUGGCAUGAAUACCACGCGUAAUAUUUCGAAAUUGUCAUGCGUAAUUUCACGAGCCAUUGGGCGAGUGCAAUGGGAGACAAUUUCGAGAUAUCACAAGUAGUAUUUAUGCCAAAUAUCAUGUACAAAUCAUGCUAUUAUUUGUUUUUACUACUACCUGCAAAGGUUUUGUAAUUUUCACAUGUAGGUAUUUCAAAUUAAGCUGAAAUGCCACUGCACUAAGGCAAUCAAAUUGCAGAAAUUUCUCAUGUAGUAGUAUAAGGUAAUUUAUUCAAGCUUGAAGUUGUUAGAUUAGUGCGAUCACAUUUGCACAGGCAGUUUGUCAUUGGAAAUAUAAUGAAAAGAAUAAUUAAUAAGACUUGUCAUAUUUUUCUUCACCUUUAUCCCCAAGUGGCAAACUUCCCGUGCAAAUUUUAUGUGAAGUCUAAAAAGCUUGAAUAAUUACCAAAUACAAGGGCUUUCAGUGCAGCUGAAAAAAUUGGUUAAAUGGUUAGUUAGAAGUACUGGAGUUGUUGGCUUUAUUUCUCCCCAUAAUGGAAACCUGUGCGGAUGCUAAAAACUCUUGAGACUUUUUCGUAGAUACUAUAUUUUGCCUUGUUAAGAUAAGUUUCGAAAAGAGGGGGACAAAUACAAAGUAAGUUUGAUGAAUGGAAGUUCUUCCAUAUUGCCCCGCAUUUAGCAUAGAGUUGUUCUUCUUGUAUUGCGAACUGUAUUCAUUGUAGGUUUCUGAUUUCUCAGUUUCUUGCAACUGAAGCUUUGGGCAAGGAUACUCUUGGAGAUAGGAGAUUAGUCCAUUGGCAGUUUUCCUCUAUUUGUGGGUCAACUUUCACAAAUGUGUUAACAUUGCAUUUUCAGACUUAAUUUGACCAGGUAUUUGUGCAGCCAGUUCUAUGGUCACCAUUGACUUCAAACUUGCAGAUAUAAAACUAGCUAAAACUAAUAAGCUCUGAGGCUUGUUUGCUGAAGUUAGAGAAAAAUCUGCCUUAGGGUUUCGAAGUUGUUGUCAUUUUUUGUAAAAAUGCAGCUUUAAACAUAUGCCUAUAAUAUAUGCCUAUAUUUUGUCAAACAUUUUUAUACCUACAAGAAAAUAAAUCACAUUUUUUUAAAGUUUAACUACUAUUCAUAAAAGAUGUCAAAAAUCAUCGAAAUCGGUUCAAUUGUUCCUGCCGAUAAAAACAAUUCCAAAACAUAACCAACACGCAUAUAAAUAGGUUCGGGCCACCUUAAUUUGGGAAAUUAAUGUUGGUCAAUAUUAUUAACAUUAUUGAUACAAUCAUGUAUGGCACACAUGGCCUUGAAGAGUUGAAUGCUGGGUCCACCUUUAUGGGAGGAAACUCCUCUCAUCACUUUCAACUAUAGCUUCUCAUGCAAAAUUACAUAAAGAUUACUUUGGUUAUUUUUUCUCUUGAAACACUUUUGUCUUCUUUUAUGACUUAGCUCACCUCAGUUACACUGUCUGGUUGUUUGAUUGACUGAUUUCCAUUUCAGGUGUUUAUCCUCUUGGUUGUUAUCAGACGAACUUUUUCAGAGAAACCAUAUUGAGAAGUAUCACAGGCUCUAAUGUCAUUCAGCAGUGUAUCAGUGCUGCUGCAGCCUCAAGACAGAAUUAUCAAGGAAUUGGUAUAAUGAAGGUUGUCUCCAACUAUAAUUGUUAUGCUGAUACUCAAGCAGAUCUUCGUUACAGCCAGUACAGUUCAAAGAAAUGUAGCUCAAGUUUGAAUGCUGCAAAUGAGAUAUGCUUUUAUUGUGGUCUCUAUAUCUGACACUUUGAAUAAAAUGCCUUAAUAAAUAUUUUUUAUUUUCUUAUAGUUUAUACUGUUGGAGGCAAUUCCAUUGAUGGUGCAAAGUGUGUGUUUCCAUUUGUUUAUGGUGGAAGAACAUACAACAAUUGUACAGAUACUGCUCACUCCCUGCUGUGGUGUUCAACAACUAACAAUUACCCCAGAGAUAGAAAAUGGGGAAACUGUGUUCCAAACAGUAAGUUAUCAAUGCCUUCAAUAAGGGCUGGUAGCGGGCCAAAACUGCCCGCUAAUUAGCCAUCCUUAGCCGGCUACAUGUACUUUCUUCUCCUUCUACCAUACUGACAAAAAAGAAGCACAAUCAAAUAAAACUGUAAAGCAUCUGUUUCCCACUUUUGAAUGACAUUAAACGCAUAUUUAAACAGGUUUAGAUCUGUGAAACGUUCAAACCCUACAAUGUCGUGGCACGCCUGGGACAUUUCAAUGGCAUUGUUCCCAAUCUUGUAUGUAUUCUGAAGAAACAACAUGGCAUCUGUGGUAGAAAAUGCCUCUUGAAAGCCCCUGGAAAUGCUAUUCUGCCUGAACAAAGUUGACUUAAUUGACUUGCCUUCAGUGUAAUCAGGGUAUGUGUACUGCUGUAUACGUGUCUUGUACAUGUAUAAUGUGAAAUAGAGAAGAGAGGUCGCUAUGCCAGGUUGCCAUGGCAGCAAGAUUUCUGGAUUGCAUCAAACUGAAAACGUCACUGAAAAAGUGAAUUCGCACAGCUGUUUCAAACUUCAUGAUUUUAAUCAAUUUCAUUUACAGUGGCCAGAAUCCAUUUAUAAGCGUGUUGGUUAUAAAUUUUAAUCGCGUUUUUCAGCAGGAACGAUUAAAUCGAUUUCCAUGAUUUUUGGCAUCCAGCUAGCUUAAUCAAUAAUAGUUGAACUUUAAGAAAAUGUGCUUUAUUUUCUUUUAGGUUUAAAAACGUUUGAGAUAUCGGCAUAUGUUUAAAACCACAUUUUUACAUAAUGUGACAAUAACUUCGAAACCUAAGACAGAUUUUUCUCUAACUUCAGCAAAUAUAAGCCUCAGAGCACGCGAGUUUUAUAGCUGCAACUUUGAAGUCAGUUUUGACGUUAGAACUGCCUGACAGUGUACAAAUGCCAGAUCAAAUUUGUGUAGGUAAUAGCAUGAUUUGUAGUGACAGUAUUUGGCAUGAAUACCACGCGUAAUAUUUCGAAAUUGUCAUGCGUAAUUUCACGAGCCAUUGGGCGAGUGCAAUGGGAGACAAUUUCGAGAUAUCACAAGUAGUAUUUAUGCCAAAUAUCAUGUACAAAUCAUGCUAUUAUUUGUUUUUACUACUACCUGCAAAGGUUUUGUAAUUUUCACAUGUAGGUAUUUCAAAUUAAGCUGAAAUGCCACUGCACUAAGGCAAUCAAAUUGCAGAAAUUUCUCAUGUAGUAGUAUAAGGUAAUUUAUUCAAGCUUGAAGUUGUUAGAUUAGUGCGAUCACAUUUGCACAGGCAGUUUGUCAUUGGAAAUAUAAUGAAAAGAAUAAUUAAUAAGACUUGUCAUAUUUUUCUUCACCUUUAUCCCCAAGUGGCAAACUUCCCGUGCAAAUUUUAUGUGAAGUCUAAAAAGCUUGAAUAAUUACCAAAUACAAGGGCUUUCAGUGCAGCUGAAAAAAUUGGUUAAAUGGUUAGUUAGAAGUACUGGAGUUGUUGGCUUUAUUUCUCCCCAUAAUGGAAACCUGUGCGGAUGCUAAAAACUCUUGAGACUUUUUCGUAGAUACUAUAUUUUGCCUUGUUAAGAUAAGUUUCGAAAAGAGGGGGACAAAUACAAAGUAAGUUUGAUGAAUGGAAGUUCUUCCAUAUUGNUGGUUGUUUGAUUGACUGAUUUCCAUUUCAGGUGUUUAUCCUCUUGGUUGUUAUCAGACGAACUUUUUCAGAGAAACCAUAUUGAGAAGUAUCACAGGCUCUAAUGUCAUUCAGCAGUGUAUCAGUGCUGCUGCAGCCUCAAGACAGAAUUAUCAAGGAAUUGGUAUAAUGAAGGUUGUCUCCAACUAUAAUUGUUAUGCUGAUACUCAAGCAGAUCUUCGUUACAGCCAGUACAGUUCAAAGAAAUGUAGCUCAAGUUUGAAUGCUGCAAAUGAGACAGUUGCAUUCUUGUUUACAGGUAUAACUAUACAUAAUUAACUCUUCCAUUGCAUUGUUAUACAUGUACUAAUAACAUAAGUACCCUAUUAUUACACAUAACAAUUAUGUAAUUGUAAUUUUUUGCUGUGUAUUACACAUACAACAAGUACAUAAUCAUUAUGUCCAAAAAAACUGUAUACUUUUGUUGUGCUACAUACUUUGUUUUUUCUCCUCUUUUCUUUACUUUUUAAAAUAACCCUUUUUCCAUUCAGUACCCUUAACUCACAAGGUGUACCCUGUAUUGCCAGGAAGCCUAUGGUGUAUAAGCCCCAGCUUCUAUAUAGGCUUUCUUGUCAUUACCACUUUAGACCAUUUGUAAAAUAAUUUAUUUAGAAUAGUGCUAUCAUCUUUAAUACAUUAUAAAUUUCAUGUACAUUGUUUAACAUGUAUUCUUAUUUGGUCAUUGGCAAAAUAAAUGAAUGAAUGAAUGAAUGUGUAAUAUAUCCCUCCUCUAUUCUGUGCCCUGUUGGGGGCUCAUGUUUUGAGAGUAUACGUCAUAGUUAAUUAAAGUGCAAUGGUUUGGAAACCCUGUGUGAUAUGUUUUUUUUAGCUUUUUUGGACCUGACCUUGCACAAUCUUCAAUAGCAUUCCUAUAAUUUUGAACUUACUGACCCAUAGAAACAUUGCAAAUUCAUUAGUGUACAUUACCAUACCCCCAAAAAAUGGAAAAAUAAAAUGAGAUAAAAAAUUAACUACAACAUAUACAUGUACAGGUGCAUGUUACUCUGUUAAAAAGAGUACAUAACUGACAAAGAAUAUUUUAACAUAAUUUACAAUAACUUACUGUUGUAGCAUGGUAAUUUAAAUGUGUUUUUGCUCAUAAAGUGCAUGUGUUUGUCUCUUUUAGGACGUUAUAUGUACAUCGAGGCUUCGUACCCAAGGCGGCCUGGGCAGGCUGCACGUCUUUUUAGUCCUUCAGUCACUGUAUCAGGAUCAAGUACAAAAUGCUUAGAGUUCUGGUAUCACAUGUAUGGUCCCCAUGUGGGGUCACUAAGUGUGUACACCAACACAACUACUGGUAUUCUGAGCACUGCAAUCUGGUCAAAAAAUGCAACACAAGGAAAUUUGUGGAAGUCAGCUGUUGUAGAAGUGCAAAUGAACCAAUCAUACAUGGUGAGGUUUGAGAUAGCAUUAUGCACUGCCAUCCUGCUGGGGCUUGAUUGACCGUGGGAAGGCCCCAGGUAUUUGCCCAAUGAUGUUCACAAAUCCUCUCCCUGACCAAAAAUGACACUUCUUCACUAAAAAGGAAACCAUUACCCCUCCCUUUAGCACAACAAAUGGUUCAGAUGAGGCCUCAGGUCACAAAGUGCGAAACCGAUUCAAUCUCCCCAUCUGGGGCUAAAAAUUAGCAGGAAAUGUCGGCAUCAACUUCAGGGACAGGGCCAAUAUUGUACCAC